GGGAUUGAAGGACCAUUUGACGAAGGAGAAGAUGUGGUUAUUGAAGAGGAAAUCGCACAGGAUGGAGUUGAAAUUGAUACGACUACUACACCGGCUCCCGAUACUGAG